AAAAUAUGCUAAAUAUAUACUCAGUAGUAUACAGUUUACUGAUUGGUCUGAAAAAUUAAAUUAAGAUUAUUAUGUAAAUGUAAAGAGCAUACCACUUCUGCAUAGUGCUAUAUUAGUAUAUAUACCGCCUACCGGUACAUGACUACAUGUCUGUUUGUAAUGGAAAAUCCAUGCAUUGGUCACUUUAAUUUAUGUUUUAUGAAAUGAACCAAGCUUGAAGAUCAGAAUGCUUGAGUCCUGUAGUCAGUGUAGUGAUUUGCAAAACCAAAUUGUCUCAAGAAGAUUUCUUUAUAAUCUUUUAGCUUUGAAGGAAAUGCAGCUAAAAUGCCUCCUGAUGAACAGUUGCACAUUUCAUGUCUACCUACAGAGGUGUUGGAACAAAUCUUUGAAUGUUUGCUGGACAACUUGGAUGAUCUCUUAGCUGUCUCAACUGUAUGUUCUUCUUGGUACUUGACUGCAUCACGUUUCAUUGGGUCUAGAUCUCUCCUCUGCCUCCAGCAUGACCUCAUCCACAGGACCAAAACCCUCAACAAGUCUCAUAGAGAACACAAACAUUGGGCCAUCCAGGACAGUGAUAUUCAUGUGGAUGGCAACUUCGGGGAGUUUUGGCAGUCAGUCUGUGAAGAAGUGGAGUCUCUUACCAUAAAUAACUGUUAUCUCAGGGAGCCAGAUUUUGUCUCUUUGUUGUCCAGCUGUAAAAACAUCAAGGCUCUUAAACUUCAGCAACUUGAACAUACUUUCAUGACUGUGAACCUCCUCCAGUCAGAGCUUGACCGCAAGAGAGUGAGGGAGGGACUGCAGGCUCUGGAGAGCUUGGAGGUGCGGUGUGAGCGCUACAUUAGUGAUAAUUUACUACACCAUCUCAUGGCCGUGACGCCGCCUCUUACUUCUCUGUCACUAGCCACCUGCAAUAUAUCCUACCAGGAUGCAAUUCGCAACAGAUUUUAUCCAGUCGGGGUCUCAUCACCAUCAGAGUUCGUAUCAACCUUCGCUAAAGUCCUGGAAUGGAUUCAAGGAAUGACGGCCACACUGAGAAAGCUCGACCUGUCAGGCACCCGCAUAGACUCAGGCGCCAUGGAACGCCUGAUGCUCGUGCCACAGCUGCAGCUGCAUACGCUUUCUCUUGCGAAUUGUGAUCAAGUCACUAACACUGCCGUGGAGCGGCUGUGCAGCGGCCAGCCGUGGCUGCGUCGUCUGGACCUGACGGGCUGCUACCGCGUCUCGGGCGUCGCUGUCGUCGCUCUGGCCGACAGCCUCCCCUGCCUGCAGUGGCUCAGCCUGCACGGCUGUGGCGCUGUUACUGCGGAGAGUGUGUCACGCUUGGUACAGUCACAUGAGCUGCAUCACCUGGACGUGGGCGCCACUGACAGCAGCAGCUCGUGUGCCGUGCAGCACAAAAUGCACAGAUUCCAGCCCAAGCUGCGCUACCUGAGCCUCGCUGGCGUGAGUCUGGACGCGCCUCAGGUGGUCUUGGUGGCGGCAGGGGCGCCUAACCUCACCCACCUCGACCUCAGCAUGUCUGCACACUCCUUGAAGAACGUCACGCUGCAGCUGCGUGUACUGCUGCUGUCCACGUGCUGUCUGCUGACGGACGCAGGGUUCAUGGGUGAAUGUUACCGCGACGCGUCGCUCUCGCACCACCCCGCAGCCUGCGACGACUGCAAGGCUUCCGUCGCGCCUAAAAAGACCUUGUCUGGGGUGAACCUGACGACGUCGCCUCGUCGCGUGCAGCUCUACAGCCGCCGCGUGACGUGCAGCGGCCACCGCGCCUGCCGCUGCUUCUACGACUACGACUCCUGGACGAGUCUUGUUGACAGCCUGUCUCGUGUGGACGCGGAGGUCUCUGAAGAACUCCAAGAGGCCAACGAAGCGGGAGAGUCUCAGCAAGUCAACGGUGUUGAGCAGCAGGAAUCUUUAGUUGACUACAAAGCUCCUUUGUCUCUUCGACGUCCCGCCAGCAUUGCUAACCUACGAGGCCUACGUAGACUGAGUCUGUGCGGAGUGUUCAAGCUCACCGACCACUGCCUCGUGACGGCCUUCCACUUCCCCGAGCUACAGCACCUCAACCUCGCCCAGUGCGGCCAGAUAUCGAGCGUCGGUCUCGGUGCCAUGGCCAGCCGCUGCCGCGCCCUGAAGGAGCUGCUGCUCUCUCGGUGUGACUCUGUCGAUGACAUCGCCGUGCAGGCCGUCGUGCACCAUCUGCACCGCCUGCAGCGCCUGCACCUGCAGCACUGCACGCUACUCACGUCAGACUCGCUAGACUCGCUGCACUGGCGAGCGUCGCUGCGCUACCUCGACAUCUCGCAGUGCACUGGCAUGACCCAGUCUUCCGUGGACGAGUUUUCUCUGCAGUGUCCUAACGUGAAGGUUAUUACACUCAACACAAAAUACAUGCAGUCCAUCGCUCAUCCACUAAUUCCAGCCCGCACUGCUUCCCCCAUCUCGGAACAGUUCUCAACCCCGCAAGUGUCUCCACCCCCGCCCCAACCUCCUCCUCUUCCUCUUAUGGCUAAAGUAAAGAAUGUUAUAUUCAGACCUUGGAUGCGAUAACCUUUUAGUCUUUAGUCUAAAUUAAUUCAAGUGCCAGUUUAUUAUUAACUUACGAUAACCAAUAAACGAAUAUUUAAAAUAUUGUUACGAUAACCCUAGGAUAUGAUGUUUGUCAUUGAACCUGUUCGACCGGUUUUUCAUACCGCGCUUUUUCUUUUAAAAACCUUCUUGUUCUAUUUCCUUUGUGUCUAUGAAUAUUUAUUUCUUUCUCUUGCAAGAUGAUGUGUUCAUUGAUUAUGCCUUGAAAUUUUCCAGCAACUAAUUGUUGCUUUUGUGGUCAAUAAUGAGAAGUCAUCGUAAUGCACUAGCUAUAUUCGCAAUUAUCCUGUCCCUCUUAGGGACUUGAAUGUGGGUACUAAAUGUAUAACCUAUUUAACGAAGGAUAAUGUGCCUAGGUAAUGUGAAAUAUUCAACCAUCUCGUGAGACUGUUGAAAAUGGUGAUAAAUUUUAUUAUUUUAAAAAUAAUUUAUUUAUGUGUGAAGGUGUCAGUAAUUGUUGCUAGAUAAUUUGAAAAGGCGAACGUGUCACAAUAUAUUGUGCUGUGUUGAUAUAGUUAACACAAUAUUAACACAGCCUCCUUUCUUUUCGUGUCCUCAUUGCAAAUUAAUGCCAUGGAUCUGUUUACAGAAGUUCAGUUCUGUAUCACCUGCAACGUGGAUAGUUUAAAUUACUUCGUAAUAUGUGAUUAAUUCUAGUCGUCUGGGGUGCAAGCAGCACGCUACAACCUCGUGUGUAGUAAUGAUAACAGGCCAUCAUUCAUGGACGGAUUUUUUAAAUCUCUGCUAUCUUGCGUGUGCCACGAUGCCAUAACCAAGCAUUAAAAUGGAUUAUUUUACAGUUAAAUCUGUCUCCAAUUAUGCAAUCAGUGAUUUAAAAACGCUUUCAAACAAUAGAACAUUGAAAGUGUUGUGCCAAUUCACUCGUUUAUCAACCAAGGCCAAUUAGAGCGCUACAACACCAUUGGCAGCAGCUUGGUCGGCAGCAGCUCGACCAGCCGAAUUAUUAAAAAAGUUUUUAUUAAAUGAAGAAUUUGGUUGAAAUGAAUUGAAAUGAAAAAACUAUAACAUUUAUUUGUGGCAAAGAUUAUACCAUCUGUUGAGAAGAAUCUCGAUUUAAACCUUAUAAAGUUUGUCGUUAACUUUCGAUUUAUUUAUUUUUUAAAAGUAAGGGCUGUUUUGACACACAUCUGAAUCAAUUAUAGUUCAUUCUGCAAGCCUUAGUUCUUGUUUUAUUAUAUGUUGGAACUUGGAUUUACCUGUGCUUUAAAUAAUAACGUAGAGCAAAUAA